AUGCCCGAACGUUAUGAGCUCUCAUCCACCGACAAGGUCAAAAUUUCAACCGAGGCAGCCGAAGCGUUUGUGGAUUCGUACUAUACAGCCCUCAACAGUGCGCGGCAUACGAUAGCCUCCUAUUAUGUACCGCCGAAUAAUGUGUCAGGUCGAUUGAUGCCGUACAUCAGCUACAACGGGGAAUUGAUCCAAGAUGGCAAGCAAUUGCAAGAUCGCUAUGAAGACAAAUCCUUGCCGUACAUGCACUUCGAAUGUCAAUCACUCGAUGCGCACGUACUGAACCCUUGUCUUGAUGGUGUCCCCGCCGCGACUCGCAGGGACGCUGAAAGGAACAUGAGUCUCAUUGUCCAGGUCAGCGGGAGCGUAAGAUUGAUGGAGCGCAAGGAUGGUCCGCUUCGCGGCACCUCAGAGAGUUUUGUGCUCGUGCCCAACAAGGAGGAAGUAGGUGCUAAAGGGACCGGAAAAGGUGAUUAUGGUAGGAAAUGGCUGAUUCAGACGCAAAAUUUCCGAAUCGUCGUCUGA